AUGGAGAUGUUUAAGAAGCAAGAUGUGGAAGUAGCGGGAUCUGUGAAGCCACACCCCCCCUCUGAAGUAGCAGUUCCAGGAUGGGUGACAGGCUUUCCCGUGUGCCACUCUGUCUUCUCAUUCAAGGGAAUGAGGAGCUGGCUGGACAAACUGUUACUCUGGGCUGUUUUUCUUUCUACUGCACUUCAAAAUGCUGCAGUGGAUUAUGAGAAGAAGAAAACAGACGAACUGCCUCCUCCAAAUCUGAACUCAAGUAUGAACGUGGUCAAGAUGGGCCAAAAUGUAUCUCUGUCCUGCUCCAGCAAGAAGAACGCAUCAGUGGACAUCACCUAUUCAUUAUUUUGGGGUACGAAACACAUAGAAACCAAGACCAAAAGAGGAGAAACCGUCAUUUUCCACCUGAAGAUCUCCAACGCCAAUGAAACAGGCCCUUACAAAUGCAAAACCAAUGUUUCCAACCUGCACAAGUAUAGUCAGGAACUCAACUUCAGGAUCGCCAGAAACGCUCAGAGAGAGAGUAAGUCCAAGGAUUCUGGAGAUGCACCCAUGCAAAGUGAGCUGUAUGCAAACAUCUGUGACCCUCAAACUCAGACAGAGGCAGGACAACCCCAGGAGCUACACUAUAUCACUCCAGUCUUCAAGGAGGUAGCACCCAGGGAACAAGAAGGCUGUGUGGGCAGUCCAGCUGAUUACAUCUACUCCGAGCUCACCCACUGAAGUGUGAAGAAACUGACUGCCCCCCCGUGUACAAGACUUUCCAGUAAGCUGAUAUGUAUGGAGAAACAGCAGAUUCACCUGGUGCUCCAAAGUUUCACCCAAGGCUGGAGCAGGAGGAUCCUGAAUUCAAGGCCAGCUGGGACUACAAAGCAAGACCCCAUCUAACCUGGUCGCCUAAGAUGAAUUUGUAUUUUUCACAUCUGAACACUAUUCCUUUGGCUAAUUUGGGCCUCUAAUCUUGUCAUCAAAGUAGCCAGGCUUGAUAAUAGUUAUAAAGUAUUUGGUUUUGUAGG